AUGUCAGAGGUAGAGACCACACUGAAUGAAAAGAAAUUGCUACCGAGCAGGUCUUGGUCUAUUGACGAGGAGAUAAAGCUAUUCAGCCUAGUGUGCGAUUAUAAGCCAGCAGGUCCAAAAAAGCACGAGAAUAUGGCUAUCAUAAUAGGUAAAAUUAAUGAAGACAUACAACCACAGGAAACUCCUCUAAGCGAGUCUGAUAUAUGGGAAAAAUUGCAACAAUUGUAUAAUCUUCCGAAAAUUGACCUUCUUGAGGGGCUCAGCAGUGACGAAGUUGCAAACAAUGACAACCUCGAGAAUGGCAGUGACGAUUCAACCGUAAGCGAGGAAAUUCCAAAAACAAGAGCGCAACGAAGAAAGCCUCCCGUGAAAAUUGCAAAAGAGAAAGACUCUAACAAUAUUGCUAAUUCAGACAGCGAGGACGAGGAGACCAAUAGUCAAGGUGAGGUGGUUGCUGUGAAACCAGAGAAACAGGGCAACGCAGAAAAUACAGCCAAGAGCAGAAAAGUCUCCCACGAACAAGACUUCCCAACCCGAAGACGAUUGAGAAACUCUGUUGUUGACGACUCUACCAACAAGGAUCAACUGUCUGAUAAGAUUCACGAUAAGUUUAAAGACGAGACCAAGGACAAUGAACUGGACGAUGAUGAUUCUCUUAAAGAAGAGGUUGAUAAUUCAGCUGAAAAGACGACAGUAACUGUUGAUGCAGCAGAAGCUGGCGUGGAUGAAGAUGCUACAGACGCAGCCCCUGCAAGACGAACCAGAGGCAGAAGACAUAACGCCGAUAACGAUAAUACCUCAGCAGAACCUCCUCGCAAAAAGCUAAGAUCCAGUGUCAAGGCUGAGGACUCUCUGGACGAGCUAGCAGUUGAGCCAUCUUCAAAUAAAGGCAAAUCCACAACGCGCGCUUCCUCGCCGCCACCUGCGAGAAGAAGAACCAGAUCAGAAGCACAUAUUGAGCAUGACAACGAAACUGGUCAUGAUGACAAACAUGAAUUGGGCAAAGGUAAAGAAAACGAAGCUGUUGAGCAGGAGGAUGACUCUGAAGAAGAUACGCUUGAUAAGAAGAAGCUGAUCAAAGCCGAAAAGGCUAGCGACAAAACCAAAAAGGAAAUUGUCGAAUCUUCCAAAACAGCAACUAGAAGGUCAAGUCGUGCAGGUAAUACUACUCACACUUCAAAUCGACAGACCCCUCCCGUUAGACGUAGUUCCAGGAAAAGAUAA